AUGGCGCUCGCGCUGAUUGCGCUCGAUAUCGCGACCGACUAUGACGAGGACGACGAUGCGGGCUUGCGACCACGCGGCCUGCUAUUCGAUGACCUGGAUGAUGGCGGCCCGGAUGAUCUCUGGACGUUGGAGACGAAGAUGAGCCGUGGAUGCGCCCCAGGGACGAGAUCUAACGGUUGCGACCGCGUGGACGCUGUAGUCGUUGCGGAUGGCGAGCUGGGCGCGCGGGUGCACGCGGUGUGCGCGGCGUCCGCCAUGACGGCGCUGAGCACGCUGCUGACGCUCGCCGUGUGGCCGUCCGACCGCCACAUGCCGCACGUCCGCUUCUCCCACCUCUUCUCCCUCACGCCGCCCAACCCCGCCUCCUCCUCUACCGACACCCCUGCCGCGCCCGCGCCCAACGCCACGGCGGGGGGUGGCGGGGGGGGCGGGGAGAGUGCGUGGGUGGGCGGGCCAGAGCGGCGAGUGUGGGUGCGCGAGUCAGCGCUGCCCGCUGCGGCGUGGAGGAGCGGGCUCAACCUCGCCACGCGCACGGUACACCCGCUGCCUCCCGUCUCCCUUUCCACACGCCUCCUCGCAGUCACUCACCACAACUCGCCCGUCACUGAACCCUCCGCGCCCCUCACUUACCCCCUCCCCAUCAGACUCAUCUAUGCCGCCCUCCCCCCUCUCUCCCCUGUGCCCUCGGGUCCCCAUGGCGGGCAGGUGGUGGUGCCCGCGUGUCCGCAGGGCUCAACUGCGGACGCGCAGGGAGGGGGGCCGGCGGGCAGCAGAGGGGGGGCCGGGGGGGGCAGCACGGCGGUGCACCUCUUCCUGUCGCCCGACGCCGUCAACUGGCUCGGCCUCUCACUGCCGGACGCGUGUGCGUUUGAGCGCGCCAUGGGGGCGUGCAUGGCGGCACUUCACCCCUCGCCGCCCGUGCAGCAGCUGCUGCAGCGGGAGAACGCCACACGCCUGCACGCCUCGUAUGGCGUCUUCGUGGAUUCACUAGCAGCACCGGGGUGCAGUGGCUGCCCAAGCAGCAACGGGUCAACAGCGGUGGAGUGUGUGAUGAGGCGCGUGACGAUGAGCGUCCUCAAGGACCCCUCCAAGGGCUUCACCCUCGCCGCCUCCAACCCGCACCACGCCGCCGCCGUCGCCGACUUCUUCCACCCGCUGCGCGCGCCCGCCCUGCUGCACGCCACGCUGUUGCGCGCCGCCACCUGCCCAUUCGGCGAGCACGUGACUGCGCCGCGCGACCACGCGCACUCCGUGGUGGCGCCCGCCACCAGUGGUGGUGGACCCGCCCUGCACGCAGACGCCGUGGCAGGGGGUGGCAGAGGAGCAGGCGAUGGGGGCGGCAGUGGAGGGGGCGAGGAGGAUGCGGUGCUGCUGCCGUUCCACAUCCGCGUCACACCCGAGCAGCUGCUGCUGUGCCUGCAUGCACGGGUGGCGGAGCUGUAUGCGUUGAGUGGCACGAGGGGGCUCAUCGCGGUGAACUCGUCGUCAGCGGAGGCGCGCUUCAUCGCCGCGCACGGCAGCGCGCGCAGCGAGCUGUUCCGCGUGCAGCGCGCCGUGUGUGACUCGCCGCCACUGCGCCCCAUCACACACCUCAAGUUCGCUAAAUACACCAUUGUUGAGGAGCGACUGGGAGUGAUGUACUGCGGAGUGCCCGGUGUGGCGUCCACGGCGUGGCUCACAUGGCUGCGCGCGCGUCUGGGGCUGCCCUCCGCACGUGAGGGGCGCGUGGCGGUGGACGACCGCGAUGGCGGGCUGCACGAGCUCGCACUGCACUUCUCUGAGGCCCACGCCGUGCGCGUGAUCACGCGGCCGGACCUGCUGCGCUUCACGUUUGUGCGCAACCCCUUCUCGCGCCUCGCCUCCACCUUCCGCUCCACCGUGCUCGCCACCCACAGCAGCCUCGCGCCCACCUCGCGCGACCACUGGAGCAAUGCGUUGUUCCGGGCGGUGCGGCCGAUAGUGGAGGCGGUGGUGCGUGAGGGCGACGGGCAGCUGUCCUUCCCGUCCUUCGUGCGCCUCGUGGGUCGCCUCAUGGACCACACCCGCCCCCUCAUGGACUCGCGCAUCGCGCCCCAGGUGGACGUGUGUGCACUGUCCACCAUCAAGUACGACGUGGUGGGCCGUGUGGAGAGCCUGCUGGACGACGCCCGCGCUGUUGUAGACCGCGUGGGCGGUGGGGGGCAGGGCGGUGGGGCGCACAUCGAGAUCUUUGAGGAGGACGGCACAGGGAAAGGUGCAGACGCCGACGCCAGCCUUGCACGGCUGUAUGACAAGGACACAUACGAGGCGGUGAAGAGCAUAUACGCCAUGGACUUCUAUGUGGCGCUCAACAACAUCACACAGCCCGCGCCCCACGUGCUGCACGACCUGCUUGAGAGCGAGCUCUGA